UUUCUCUCUUUCUCUAGCUCUCUGGUUUGGAACUAUAAGGUCCGAGUCAAUAUUAUUGUCUUAAUAUCUAGGGUUUUGGUGAAACCCUAACAAGCCGAGAGAAUGGAAGAUAAUGUAGUGGAGGAGUUAAUGACUAUAGAAGUGGAAUUAGAAGAAGUUCAAGACCAGAUAAAGAUAUUGCUUGAUCGGCAAGAGAAAUUGUACGAGCGGCAAUCUGAAUUGAAAUCGCUAUUAGAUGAAUGUAAAACAUUUGGAAGUCCUUCAGGUGUUGGCGUUCCACUUCCUGUAGAGAAUUGGUCUGGGCAGUUCGAAUGGGAUUCUAGAGCUGAUGAGGUUAGAUUCAAUACCUUUGGGAUACCCACGUAUCGCGCAAAUCAGAGAGAGAUAAUAAAUGCAGUAAUGAGUGGGAGGGAUGUCCUGGUGAUAAUGGCUGCAGGUGGUGGCAAGAGUCUAUGUUACCAACUUCCUGCUCUUCUCCAUGAUGGUGUGGCUCUUGUUGUCAGUCCUUUGCUUUCUCUUAUACAGGAUCAGGUGAUGGGUUUGACAGCUUUAGGAAUUCCUGCUUACAUGUUGACAUCGACAACUAGUAAGGAUAAUGAGAAAUUUGUUUAUAAGGCUCUUGAGAAAGGUGAAGGAGCGCUUAAGAUCUUAUAUGUUACGCCGGAAAAGGUAUCAAAGAGCAAGAGAUUCAUGUCAAAGCUUGAAAAGUGCUAUAAUGCUGGUCGUCUUUCUCUUAUUUCUAUUGAUGAGGCCCAUUGCUGUAGUCAGUGGGGCCAUGACUUUCGUCCUGAUUACAAGAACCUUGGAAUUUUGAAGACUCAGUUUCCAAAUGUUCCAAUAAUUGCUCUUACUGCAACUGCUAUCAAAAAAGUCCAAACAGAUCUGGUAGAGAUGCUACAUAUCGCGAAGUGUGUAAAGUUUGUCAGCACAGUAAACAGACCUAAUCUAUUUUAUAUGGUACGAGAAAAAUCUUCUGUAGGGAAGGUGGUCAUUGAUGAAAUUGCAGAUUUUAUACAAGGUUCCUAUCCAAAUAAUGAAUCUGGGAUUGUUUAUUGCUUCUCGAGAAAGGAAUGUGAGCAGGUUGCACAUGAAUUACGUCAACGAGGAAUUUCCGCUGAUUAUUAUCAUGCAGACAUGGAUGUAAAUGCUCGUGAAAAAGUUCAUAUGCGGUGGAGUAAUAACAAGCUGCAGGUCAUUGUGGGAACGGUAGCUUUUGGCAUGGGAAUUAACAAACCAGAUGUCAGGUUCGUCAUCCAUCAUAGCCUGAGUAAAUCAAUGGAGACAUAUUACCAGGAAAGUGGCCGAGCUGGGCGGGACGGGCUUCCUUCUGAAUGUUUGCUCUAUUUUAGGCCCGGAGAUGUUCCUCGGCAGAGUUCGAUGGUCUUCUACGAGAAUUCUGGUUUGCAGAACCUGUAUGAUAUAGUCAGAUAUUGUCAGUCCAAACGAGAGUGCCGUCGAAGCUCUUUUUUCAGGCACUUUGCUGAGCCUAUACAAGAUUGCAAUGGAAUGUGCGACAAUUGUGCGUAUGGAAGGGAUCUUAAGGAAGUGGAUGUCACACGUCAUGCGAAAGUUAUGAUCUCUAUACUGCAGGAAGUGCAAGAGAGUGAACAGAGAGCAACUAUGUUGCAACUAAUGGACAAGGUGAAGGUCAAGCAUAAGGAGCUAGCUUCUGAGUUAAAGAGAGGGGAAUCGGAGCAGCUUAUCAUUCAGCUACUCGUGGAUCGUGUUUUGAAAGAAGAGUUUCAGCACACAGCAUACACAACAAAUGCUUAUGUAACAAUAGGACCGCUGUGGAAACAAGUACAUACGGGGAGAAAGACAGUUAAACUAGAAAUUUGCAGCGGAAUAAAGGGAAACACUGGUAACAAAAAAGCUACUAAACGCACUGUGUCUUUAUCAGGCUUGGAAGUAAAGCUUGAUGAACUACGUAGAGAACUCUCUUCCGUUCAUGGGGGAAUAUUCCCACACUCUGUCUUGUCGACUCAACAAAUCAGCAUGUUAAGCUCCCAAAAACCUACUUCGAAUGCGCAGUUGGAAAGUAUAAUUGGGAAGUUGAAGACGGACAAGUAUGGUAGUAGAAUUCUUGAACAAAUUCAGAACUAUGUGGGGCAGUCUGAUGGUGAUCUGCCAAAUGAAGUUGUUCAAUCUGAAAAGAGACCUAGCAAGAGAUUCAAGAGGCAAAAUGCUCCUGUUCUCAUCGAGAGUAGCGAGGAUGAGGGAUAAAGUUCUGUUUACCAAAAGGUGAAGAGGCAACAGUCUCCUGUUUUCAUUUGAGAACAGGUGUCCUGUUUCCAUUGAGAGCAGUGAAGAUGGGGGAUAAAGUUCUCUUUAUAUCCGAAAACAGCGAGACUCUUACAUUUAGCUCAGUACCGCGCCUCGUGUAUAUUGGCAUUUUUGUAGUGGUUCACUUUAAUAAAUUCUUCUCUUUUCUUAUAAGUUUUCAUGAUUUCAAAUUAAUUUUAGAUUUUGAAUUUUCUUUCUCA